AUGCUGGGGGCUGUGUGUCUCGCCGUGCUGCUGGGCUACGCCUACGGGUGCGGUCAGCCGGCCGUGCCACCGCUGCUGGGCACCCGGGUGGUGGGCGGCGAGGACGCCCGGCCCCACAGCUGGCCGUGGCAGAUCUCGCUGCAGUACAACUUCUCUGGGACUUGGUACCACACGUGCGGCGGGACCUUCAUCGGCUCCAGCUGGGUGCUGACGGCUGCCCACUGCAUCAGCUCUAGCCUGACGUACCGCGUGGUGCUGGGCAAGCAAGUCCUGUCGGAGGAGGAUGAGCCGGGCUCGCUGGCCGUGGGCGUGGAGAAGAUCAUCGUGCACGAGAAGUGGAACUCCUUCCUCAUCGUCAACGACAUCGCCCUCAUCAAGCUGGAGCAGGAGGUGGAGGAGACCGAGACCAUCCAGGCUGCCUGCCUGCCGCCCGACGGGCUCAUCCUGGAGAACAACUACCCCUGCUACAUCACCGGCUGGGGCCGCCUCUGGACGAACGGGCCCCUGGCCGAUGUCCUGCAGCAGGCGCUGCUGCCCGUGGUGUCCUACGAGAUCUGCUCGCAGAGGGACUGGUGGGGCAACAACGUCCGCACCACCAUGGUGUGCGCCGGCGGCGACGGCGUCGUCUCCGGCUGCAACGGGGAUUCGGGCGGCCCCCUGAACUGCCAGCGCGAGGGGCUCUGGGAGGUGCACGGCAUCGUCAGCUUCGGCUCCGCGCUGGGCUGCAACACGGCCAAGAAGCCGACGGUCUUCACGCGGGUGUCCGCCUACAUCGACUGGAUCAACAAGAACAUGAACGCAAACUGAGGACGCGGCGUGUGGCGCAACAGGUCUUGAGUGUGAUAAAGGCAAAAG